GCUGGUGCACGUGGAUUGCGUGGAUUGCGCGCCUCGUUUGGUUCACGCCGCCGCGUUUGCGUGGUCGUUUAGCAGAACUGUUUACACUUGACAUGUCCGAUAUGCGUGAUCAUUGUGAGUGUCCGUGACUGACGCAUUCGUAGUCAUGAUCGAAGCAACUAAACUGUGGUCCACUGAGCUCGGCCUGCCGGCAGAUUGCGUCGAGUUCUGCCCAGUCAGGCCCCAGCUGUUCGUCGUUGGAAUGUAUAAGUUGGAUGAAGAGGCGGGCGAGAGGCAGGGUGCCUUGACUACCUUCAAGUGGGAUGGCGGAGCAGAAGUGCAACAGUUGUGCCACUCCGGCUCACUGCCGGGAGUGCUCGACGUUAGGUGGAAAGACGAUGUACUGGCAGGUGCCUUCUCCGAUGGCACGGUGCAGCUGUACCGGCUACAGGAGAAACAGCUAGAGCCGGAGGCUUGCUGUCAAGCCGCAAGCUGCCUGGCACUGUCUGUGGCUUGGGCACCGAGGGGAGACAAGUUGGCUGUAAGCUGCUCCGACGGGUCUGUGUCGAUACUGAGCUGUGGUUCGGCUUCCUUGGAAUCCAUCACGGAAAUCCAUUGUCACAGUUUCGAGGCCUGGGGCGUUGCCUGGGACGCUGUACAGCCACACGUCUUCUAUACCGGAGGUGAUGACUGCCGUUUUUGCUGCUGGGACGAGCGAAGCCCCGGACAGGCUCUUCGCACACUGCGCAGGCACAGCAUGGGAGUGACGGCCAUUGCUCCCCAUCCCCACCAGGACCACGUGCUUGCGUCGGGCAGCUACGACGAGCAAGUGCUGCUGUGGGAUACCCGGAGCUUCUCCAAGCCCUUGGCCGAGGGACAGGCAGGAGGCGGCGUCUGGCGGCUUCGCUGGAGAGCGGGACCGACGCAUCGGCAGCAGCUGCUGGCUGUUGCUGCGAUGCAUGGAGGAGCGUGCGUGCUCGCCCACAGCUCUGCCGAUGUCCUGGAGCGUGUCUGCACCUACACCGGUCACCAGUCUAUGGCGUACGGCAUUGACUGGGCAUGCGAGGACACCCUGGCUUCGUGUUCCUUCUACGACAAGCACCUAGCACUGUGGCGGCACAAUGUGCUUCAAGCGUGAUAGCCGUGCCGCAGAUAGCGUAGCUUUGCAAUAUUAAGGGCCACCCGCUCAUCACAACCUGCCUGAAUACAUCACCAUUGUCGUGUCAUUGCAUUAAUUUCUUUCUAUUUUUUUUUUCUUGCACCUCUCGAGACAAUAGUUACUUGCUACAAUCUUUCUAGCGGCAGUAUUUUAGUGCGACCACCUUCAUGGAUAGUCAAGCACCUACAAAAGGAAAUUACAGGUGCUUGAAACUUUGUAGCGAAGGUUUCUUUGCGUUCGUGCCACGUUGUGGAUAUAAUCCGACAAAGCUUAAGCACGCGCUACGUCACGUCGGUGAGAACAACAGGGUCUAUAGUCCAGCACACUGGUGCAGCCAACGUAACCUGACAACUGCCAACAUGCUUUAACUUUUUCCUUACCGUCUCAUAGAGCAUCGAUCACUAUGGAUCGAUGGUUUUAAAUGCCCAGCCAAAACGAGAACUAGUAACUCCGCGUUUACGGACACCUAGCGCUAUCUGGCCAGUAAUAGGAGAACUACUGUGCAUUUUUUUCUUUUUUGUUUCGGUCUAUUAGCACAAGAGUGUGAGAGCUUCCGCAAAAAAAAAGGGGAUUCUAGUUUUGCAACAUGGCUCCGAAGGCGCGUCGCGCAUUGCCGAAGAAGAAACUUCCGAAAAGUGAGAAAAGUGAUCCCGCUGCCUCUGCUGCUCAUGUUCUCAACUCGAGCAGUAGUGAGCAGUCUGUAGACGAAGUUGGAUCAUCAGAUUUCGACUCGGACUGCGAUGAUUCAUCUCCGCAGCC